GUAAAUUAGGAAAAAAAGAUGUCUAUUUCAACACAUGAAAUUGGCAAAACUACAUCACUUUCAAACCGACUUGACGAUGCCGUUGACGGCGUUUCCAAGGAUCAAAGUUCAAUAGAGGUAUCUGAAGGAAAAAGCAACGACCAGGACGUGGCAAGUGAGCAACUUUCUGAAAUUCCCUGCGUGCCCUGCCGAAUAGACAUCCCACAAAGUGAUCUCCGUGAGAUCAUAACCAUUGCCCAACGUGUCUAUAAUAACUUGGUUCUAUUGCCCUCGCGAAAAACCUGGCGAAAAGGAGAAGGCGCCCGCAGGGAAUUGGAGCGGGAGAUCGAGCGCACCGCGAUGCAGGAUAUUGCCGAGUCAAUUAAGAAAGAGGUGGAUCAGCAAUUAGGAGGGUGCUGGCAUGUUAUUUAUGGCCAUGAGUUCGGAUCCUAUGUCACGCACAAGAGUUUAUCUUUUUGCUACUUCCAGCUAAACGAUGCAAAUGUGAUGGUGUGGCGUCAGGGCGGGUGAGGGAACACGGCAAAGGCAAAUAUUGCACAAUACAUAGAUCUAUUGACGUUCCUUCACUGAACUUCCCCCUUUCCUUUUUUUCUACAUUUUAUAUUGUAAUAAAACAAUUUGUAUAUAGCUACGAACGCGAACAAGCACUAAAUAAGUUAGUUCAAUUACUGUAAUAACACUGAAUCUUAAAAAUCAAACAUUAGAUGGAGACCUUACGGAAAAAAGGACUCAUUUCUCUAUUACUAAUCUUUAUAUUUUCAAAAGGGUUUAUUUUUUUUUGAUCGGAAAGCAAGUAACUUGUACAUUCCUUAUUUGUGUUUUAUAUCUGAACCAACUUAGGGGCGAACGAUUCCAAAUGUUCUCUUGGUUUUCGAAUGGACAAUGAUACCUUUGACGUAGCCCACUGUCUUCUCAUUUCGCCGAUCCAACUAAAUCACAAAAAUGUCUUUGACUGACAGAAGUCCAGCUUUCAUGAAGUUAUUGGCUUCAUAGCAAUCCUAUUACAGUGAUAUAGGGAAGAGGCUUAGUGCCGUCGUGGUUCUUUUCUUUGAGUUGGUCGAGAUAGCUUUUCGUUUUUUUUUUGUAGCACAAAUGAGUUUAUCCUCUCAUAAUCGCUUGGGGAUCUCAAAAGUCUAAAGCAAGGUAUGGGUUUAAUUUUCUGUUUUAUUACCUUAGAUAUUUUGGAAUUUAUCAAGAAACAUCAAAUGGUGAUCAAAUAAAAUCUAAUGACUUCCUUUCCCUACAAAAGUUUCACAAUACUGCAGUGUUUUAGUAAAUAUUAUAUUGACUUCAAAGUUUUGAUCAAUACGUGAACGUUUUUUUGGUCUUAUCCUCUAUAAUGCAUUUGCAGCAUUUUUUACAUUCUGAUUGUGGGGCCCAUUGUAUUUAUUACCCAGUAUUUUCACAUUAGUAGUAUCUCUGCCUUUGAGCGAAUUAUUUUCUAUCAGAUGUCAGGUUUUCAAACUGAAUAAAGAUUUGCUAUAGAGUUGAUAAUCCUAUUUCUCUUCUGUCAUUAUCAUAAUUUGUCAUUGUUCUAUACAUGAGAGCAUAAA